AUGGUGGCCCAGACCCGUCGAAAGGCGAGCGAAGCCAGCAAGAGAGCAUCAUCGUCGCCAGCAACCGCUUUCGCCGCCAAAGCUCCAACCCGCAAGGGCAAGCAAGGACCGAGCAAGUCCGCUGCUCCUUCGAGGUCUUCCGCUGUCAAGGUGGAACGUUCCAAGGCCGAAACCUCUGCUGAUAAGCCUCAAGCGUCGGAGAGCUCGGUACCGGCCUCUUUGCACCAUGGCGAUGUGUCAACCAUUCCGCUCUACGACUUUGACCUUCCUCUCGAACUCGACACUCCUUACGGUUCCAAAGUAUCCGCAUUCAACCCUGCCCCCUACGAAAGCUUGAGACAAACGUUGCAGCAGUGGUUCCCGGACCUUUGUCGAAAAGCUGAAGAGCAAGACCAGGCCUCUUUUGAUCGAGCAAACUCCACGCUUAAGCAAGAAGAAAGCUCAAGCGAUGCUAGCUAUGACAAUAUGCCCCGGCGGCCAGCUCGCGGGAAAGCCUUGACAAUCAAAGCCUCGGCGGCUCCCAGCAAGGCUACUGCUCCAUAUCCACCAACCAAAGAGGCACAGCAUAACACGAACAACGCCAAUUCCAAGAGCCGCAAAGGCAAGACCAAAUCACCAGACUGCAUACAUCUUGAAGUCGAGUUCGUCCCUCAGCUCAUUACCAACAACGACUUGUUCUUGCCUCGCGAUGCAGCUGGCCGUACGUUCAGCUCGGAUUCCGUCAAGCGGCUCCAGGCUUAUGCGGUCGUCGCCUUGGCUCCUCCCGACUACGUGCCUGAAAAGCCUGCUCAGUUCAAAACCAAACAGCGAGUCAAGACUGAAGUUGUUUUCUCGGCUGGCUUCUCUUUUCUGUCCGGCAACGACGAUGAUCAGGGAGACAAAGACGAAGACGAAGACGACUUGGACACUCUGCUUCUCGGGUACAUCGUCCCCUCAUGUUUCAAGGACACCGCUCAUCCGCUAGCUCAUAUGGAUCCCAGCCUGGUGAGCAAAGAGUGGAUUCAGCUCUACGGAGAAGUGACGCUUGCACCGCCCUUUCUUCCACCAGGGACGGAGGUGCUCGGUCCGGACGCCUUCGAACAACGCACCGGACGCUCGGCUUCGACUGUCAUUGACCCUCCAAAAAGCAAAUGGGAGCUGGACAACGAGGAACGAAUCGUGGCGGCACAGCGCGGAAUGAUGCAAAGACGAGAGAUCCCCUCAACCCGCUUACUCGGCGUGUUGAGCGUUCAAGUCGGCCUUGAGCCCGCAGCGCUGCAAUACGGUCUUGGGAGCUCAGCUGUCGACGGCUUUGUGGCCUCCAACGACGAUCUCAAAGACUCCGGCGCGGAGGGCUCGCUGGGUCUAGCCCGCGCGCUCCGUCUUGCGAUCCCCGCCAUCGUUGAUUGGCCGCACAGCUUUAUCGAAAUCGACAUGCACGCCCAUACCUAUUGGGAUCACAACGCCUCCUACUAUGACCUGCCGUCGAAACAAUCGACGCUUGCCCGCCAUCUCGUGCUCGACAAGAUCGACUCAGUCGACUUGCCAUCACCCAGUAAAUCCUCGAACAAGAAACGCAAAAAGGCUUCCAGCGGUCCUCGAAGAACCUACAGCAUUUAUGGUAACGAGGAGCAGCGCGAAUGCUCUUGUCCCCAUUGCAAUAAUGACUACGCCCGACCAGAGCCUGUCCGUUUGAAGCCAAACGCACUUUCCUUGGGAGCUCAGAUCUCGGGGUCGGAUCCAAAGCUCGGAGAUCCGACGUCGGACAGGCUCUUGCCUCUCGACACCAACAUUGCCAGUCUUCUCGAGGCAUGCCGUCCGCCCCCCAACGGUCCGAUGGUCCAUCCACCAGCCGAUAUCAUCCCAACGCCGCUGCUCGGAUACCAAGCCCGCUGCGUGGCGUGGAUGAUCAAGCGAGAGACAGUUUUAGACGAGGAAGUUGGCCAUCUGAUGCCAAAUUGGUUCCCGCUACGAAGCAAGGACGCCAGUCUUAUCACGCGCAAACGUUUGCAGUUCGAGGCUGAGCGCCUGGCACUUGUUGAUGCCAUGCAGCGCGGUCUUUCUCGAUCUCGGCGCAACGUCAACGUCAAAGCCGCGCAGGCUGCCGCCGGUUCUGCUGGAACAGCAAACGAUCAGGCGAACACCGUCAAGAGCGAGGACGCCGACACAGGCAUCGGUGAGGGUAUCUCCAUGCUAAAGCGAGAGCCCUUCAUCGACCCGGUCCAUGUGACCUUCUACUUUGACCAUGUCUCUGGUAUGUUGAGUUUCCGUCGAUUCACAUGCCGUCCAAGCGAGCCUGGUGGUGCUCUCUGCGAAGCGAUGGGUCUUGGAAAGACGAUCGAGAGCUUGUCACUCAUCGCAGCUCAUCCUCGUCCCGAUCACGCGGACCUUCUCUCAUAUGACAUGUCGCGUAGUGCCCGCAUGGUCGCCGACAUGGAUCCAUCUGAGCGUCCAUUUAUUUCUAGAGCAACCUUGGUCGUCUGUCCGGCGGCACUGGUUGAGCAGUGGAUGGACGAGAUUCGCAAGCACUUCCGCAGUCGCAUCACCACUAGCACCGCUAUCUCGAGGGGCAAAGCUAUCGACUCAGACGACGAUCCCGAACAGCAACCGGGCGUCGUGCGUUACAGGCACGCAGACUUUGCUUGGGACACCGAAUCGUUACGCGACGAUGUUCGCGCAAUGGCGAAGGAAAGACUCACACAGCCGGAGAUCAUCGUCGCCACGUAUGAGGAGCUAGCCUUCCAGCUUGCCGAAAGCAAGCGUGUCCCUAGAACUGGGACCCAGGUUCGAACGCCUUUGCUGGAAGUGUUGUUCUGGCGCAUCCUUCUCGACGAAGCGCAAAUUGUCGCCGGAGCCUCGGGCAAGGCAACAGAGAUGGUCCACGAGCUCUGGAGAAGCAAUUGCUGGAUGGUGACGGGCACGCCUGUCACCAAAGGUAUCCGCGACAUUCAAGGUAUCUUUGCCUUCCUCGACCACGAUCCGUUUGCAGCUCCUCGCUUCUUCCGUGACAUCCUACAGGAUCCUUUUACUCAGGGUUGCGUCGAAGGUAUUCGUCGUUUGCGCUCCAUCUUGCCGCGCUUCGUCUGGAGACACACCCAAGCACACGUCGAGGAAGAGAUCACACUGCCACCCUGCAAUAGCGAAGUCCUCGAGAUCGAUCUGAAGCACGUCGAGAAGCUCUUCUAUGACAAGGAGGUGAACAAAUAUCGAGAGACAUACGCAAAGAGGGCAGUGCAGGGUGCAGCCACUGUUCCUCAACCGACCUUCCUGGUCAGUCUCCGCCAGUUGCUCAGCCAUCCUCAGAUCGCAGAACAGCUCAUGUUCAGCAACAACUAUUCGCGACUCUCCUUCGCUGAGCUCUUCCGACAGUUCUGUCAGCAGGCUCAAUCCGAGCUUGACAAUAUCCGCAUGCAAGUCGUCACCAGCGCACUGCAGCUUGUGUGGGGGCACGACUUUUACGACGCCGAGGUGGACAAGCGCAAGUGGCGUGGAGGUCGAAGGGUGCUGCAGGACUCCGACGAGAUAUGCAAAGUGCUCAAUGCAGCUUUGCGAAUCACCAACAUAGCUCUCGAUGAUCAGCAACGUGCGCAGGUCUCAUCGGCCGAAAGUGUGCAGCAAGGCAGGGACGAGACCGAAGCAGAAGCAGGUACUGAUACCGAUAAGGUCAUGCCAGACGAUGUAGGGCAGCAGGACGAUUCCAACUUCAAUCUCGGCACUGUCGCCAACGCCAACGCCGGAGCUUCGAGCUCUCCAUCUCCAGCGAACAAUGAAGACGAGCAGGCUUGGGGCGGCACAGACUCUGCCUCCAGGGUCAAUUUGACGUGGGAGGAGGCUCACUACUGGCUGCGACAACUUUUGCAGAAGCACUCUGUUUCUGCAUCGGGUCAGCAGGAAAACUCAAGCUCGGCUGAGAUUGAGCUUCCAGCGCGUUGGGAUCCCGAGCGACCUAGUCGUACCUUCUUCGAGAAGGAGUUCAAGAACGCUUACGACAAGACAGUGGAUCUCAAAGAUCCACGCUUCCACUUGGUCGUCCAGGACGCCAGCGUCGAAGACAUGGAUGAGGACGAGCUCAUGACGCAGAUCGAAGCAGAACGCAAAAGCAAAGGGUUCAGCGAACCUUCCAAAAAGAAACAACGAAAAGACACCGCACAGCAACCCGGCUUGCUCAAGAAGUCGCGUCUCCGCGGCAAUGCUUCGCAGCGCAAGAUUUCUCGUGUCUGGCUCUACAAGCCGAAGGAGCGUCUUGAAAGGAUUCACACCAAGCUCGCUCAGCAGCAAUCCAAUCUGCCAAGCAAAGAGCACGAGGUCGCCUUCCUCAGACAGAAGCUUGUCGAAGUCCAAGCCAGCGAAGCUCAGCAAACCGGCGAUGCAAACGGUCCCGCUAACACGAGUGCUGACUCUAGUAUUCAAGCGCCUCCGGCCGAGUGCCAGAUUUGCUACGACACCAAGGAGCAGAUCGGCGUUCUGCCUUGCUACCACUCAUUCUGCAUCGACUGCAUUGAGACCAUCUGCAAAAACAGUUCUCACGGGCCUUCCAACGUGUGGACCGACUAUCACCGACCCCGCUGCCCGUCAUGCCGGCUCAAGUUUCAUCCGGGUCGAGUCACGCGAGUGAUGGAGCGAGGCAGGUCCAUGUCGAGCGAAGGUGACAGCGGGGUCAUCGGCGAUUGGAGUGGCAAGAUCUCGGGUUUGAUCUCGGACCUCAAAAAGCGGCUCCGAGAAGACACUACGCACAAGGCCGUCAUCUUCUCGCAUUGGCCAAAGAUGCUUGCCUUUGUGCGUGACGCUUUGGUGCAGAACGGCAUCUCAGCAGUGGUCUUUGGCGGCAACGAGGCCACCCAGGCAGAGGCGCUCAGAGCGAUCCGUGACGACGAUGAUGUCAAUGUAAUCCUCGUCCCUUUCAGAGCCAGUGCUGGUGCAGCAGGACUCACCCUCACGUCUUGCGAUCUGGCUUACCUCUUGGAACCAGCUCUGGAUGCUGCUCUGGAGGCACAGGCAAUCGGGCGAAUCCUUCGAAUCGGUCAGCGACGAGUUACCGCCAUCAUUCGCGUCAAAAUGAAGGAUACCAUCGAGGAUGCGGUCAUGCGCAUCGCUGACGAGCGCUCAAGACGAGGUAUGGCGCUCGCUGCCCACGCCGACCCUGCCAGAGAGACCACCGUGACCGGCACAGACAACGAAGUGGCAAGCACAUCCACUGCUACCGCAUCGGCCUUAGCCUCAACAAGCCAACCUGAUAAUGUCGGCUCGGGCCAAGCCGAAGCCUCUACGACGGCCAGAGUCAAGAUUGAAGAUUCGGCAAACAUGCAGUCUAAGGCAUCGACAUCCAACUUGCGGGAGCGCUCCAUUAAAUCAUCGGUAGCCGCAUCUGUUGGCGCUGCUCGUGACUCAGACAACACGAGUCUUACCAUGGCCGAAGUAGCCCUCAUCCUUGGCUUCGACAUUAAGGAAGAGAAGAGGAAAUCGCAACAGCGUCGAGCGUCGUUGGCCCAACGUGUAAAUUGGUGGGGAGGGCAGACGCCUGCCUGGGUCAACCGACUGACGGAAGAGGAGUUGGACGUGGUGGAGCGCGAUUUGGCUUUUGAAGAGCAGUUCGAUGACGGCGGUUUCGAUGAUGGGGACGACGACGAUGACAUGAUGGACGAUAUGGAUGAAAUGGAGGGCAUGGAGAAUCUGGACGACUUAUUAACGCCUGGCGAAAUCUCGGUGUCCUGA